AUGGCGCAGAAACGCGCGCGGCGCCUCGGGCAGACGGACGGGCUAUCGCAGGUCUUCAUUGCGACGCGUGAAGCUGAAGCACACUCUCGAUCUCGAUCGCCGUCGCCAUCGGCGCGGCCGGUCCGCCAUCACCGCGUCAUGCACCGCCACCUGCCACGUGGCGUCACAUCGUCCCACGCCACUCCUCUUUUCCUCCUGCUUCCACCGGCAAUGACAACGACGCCAACCGCGACUCCGCUGGCGGCGGCGGGCAGCAAGGCGCUCAGCACCAGCACGCUCAGCCUCAAGUUCAUGCAGAACGCGGCGGCCCGCAAGGGGGCGACAGCGACAGGCACGCUGACGAAGGCGGAGGUGCAGGACGAGGUCGACGGCGCGUGGGCGGUCCCGGGGGCGGAUGCGCGGCGGGCGAUGGCGGAGAGCGAGGGGAGGGAAGGAGUGGUGAGCUACGAGGCAUCGUAUAUGCCGUUCCUGUUUGGCACGGAGACGAAGGGAAGGCGGGCGUUCCGGAAGGGGCGCGAGGUCGACGAGCUUGGAGCGAUAGCGACUGAGAAAGCGGCCCCAGCGCAAGAGCUACCGCCAGUCAAGGCAGCCGGCAAGGUACGCGCGAUAUCCUCGCAGAGCGGGCUACCCGAGAAGAAUAAGAAGGCAAAGAAGGAAGGCGGCUCUGCGCGCGACGCCAUCUUCGCUGCCCCCGUCACCGGGCUCCCGAGUGCGACGCCCGACCCACCUACCCAGCGGCAGAAGACGAAAAAAGACAAAGACAGGCCGCCCACGUUCCUCCGUCCCGCGGGCGUCGAUGCUCCGCCCAGCCAGCCGUCCACUUCGAAAGCCACGAUGGCCAGGCCCGUGGUCGCCGAAGAACGGAACAGUUCGGUGGAGGAGAUCGCGCCGCCGGAGGAGACGGCGACGAAGUCGAAAAAGAGCAAACGGGGGCGGGAGGAACCGGCAGACGGGUCGUCGCCAGCUCAAAAACCCACGAAGAAGCCCAAGACGAGCAAGAACGCUGACGAGGAGGUCGCGCCGCCCAGUAAAUCGACACAGAAGGUGGCCGAGCGAGACCAGGAUGUCGCAGCCCUUCCAAAAGCGAGCAAGUCGAAGUCUCAACGAGCCAAGGCGGGAGACCAAGCGGGAGAGGAGGACAGUUCUACCGAGGAGGUCGCGCCGCCGCCGCUGAAGUCCAGGAAAGCAAAGCGCGCGCGCGAGGAGACGGAGGCCGAGGCAGACGCGGAGGGGGACGCGGCUCCGAAGGCGAAGAAGCCGAAAAAGAAGAAGAAAAAGGCGAAAGAGGGGACGGAGGAGGAUGCUUGGUGCAAGGACUGUAGUCGGUAG